AUUGAGAGAGAUCCCAAGCCGAAGGUUACUUCCCUUCUGGUCGAAAACCCUUUCGUUGGUGGGAUUAGAGCAAAGAGAAGGUGAGAAGUUAACUGGAAUUCUGUAGAUUCUGCUUUCAUAUGGCUCGUCAAACCUAGAAUUUCUGAGCAAUGAGUAUUAAUCAAACAUUGCUCAUCAAGAUUGGUGUGCCGGAUUUUAGAGGGUUGAUAAUGUUUUUAUCUUUGAUAAUUCAAAUGCUCAAGCAUAUAUGAUUUUUAGCUUAUUUUUGCUCCAUUUGUCUCUCGAGUAGAAUUUUCCAUGGAAAGGUGGUUCCUUGGGAUAUUCAUACGAGGUGUAAAAGGUGAAAAGGUGCCUGAAACUAAUUGCAGAUACUAGAUUUUGCUUUGUUGUAGGAGAUCCUUCAAGACGAAAGAAGUCUUGAAAAAAAUACUCCUCAGUGUAAAAGUUUUUAGGAAAUUUUUUCUGAAACGAAGUGGGUGUAGGGAUUGAGUAGUUAAAUGUUUAUUUUCAUUUUCAUUUUUAACCAGUUUUAGCAACCAAACGGAGUGGAAUGCUCCCAUUUCUCAAAAUUCAUCAAGAAUAGAACUUUUUGAAAUUCUAUAACAGCCACUUCAAACCCAAUCCUCAUUACAUUGUACAAGGUUUUUCUCUUUAAUUUAAGACGUGGCACUCAUCAAGCAGUGAGGAGUCAAUGCAUCUUUCAAGAUUUACUUUCAGGAUUGGAGCUAAAAUUGAUCUUGAAAAAAUGUUAUCUAAAGCUACUAGCAAAACAAAGUAUGUUGUAGAUUUGUGGGAUGAUGUCAAUAAUUUAUUUCACUGUAAUUGUUGGUGUACCAGAUAUGUGCAGAACUCGUGGACUUGAAUCUCAAUUUCCAUGUUAUCAUUAUAUUUUGGUGUUAAAUUUCAGUAAUCAUGUGCAAUUUUGAGUUUUGCUUGAAAUUCUGCUGUUCUCGAACUUUGUGAGUGUCAUCACCAGGCAUUGGUGACGUUUAAGAUGACUUGGGUCCAGAAUAUUGCCGCAGAUCUUCUACAAAACUCAAGUUUUAUGAAUGCUUCUUACUGAGUUGAUUUUUCUUCACCUUCAUAUUCCUUGAGCUAUUGCCAUAUCUGGUUCUUGGGAAGCCUAUCUAUUGUGUGAGAAACAUGACUAAGAAAAGCCAAAGCAACGUUGCUUCUCCUGCUGCUACUGCACAAACUCAAGAUCCUCAGACAGUGAGGGUAAUUUGGACUGAUAAAAUGGUUGAGGAUUUUCUUGAUGUAUGUAUUAGUGAGAUUUACGCUGGUAACCGCCCAGUAACACAUUUCAAUAAGACAGGGUGGAAAAACGUGGUAAACAAAUUUAGUGAGAAGACUGGUAAACGAUAUUACUAUAAACAACUUAAGAACAAGUGGGAUAAUUUGAAAAGAGAUUGGAACAUUUGGAUGAGAUUGGUAGGAAAGGAAACUAGCCUUAGAUGGGAUCCGGUGAAAAAGACAAUUGAUGCUACCGAUGCUUGGUGGGAAAAAAAGUUGCAGGAAAUUCCAGAAGCAGCAAAGUUCCGUACUGCUGGUUUCGCUCAUGUUGCGAAGGUGGAGAUGUUGUUUACAGAUAUAACUGCCACCCGAGAGGGACCUUGGGUGUCAUCCUCUAGGCUGGUUCCUGAUGAUAUUGGUGCCACAACUGGUGUAGGUGCAAGGUGUGAUGAGGGCAACGAUGUGUUGUUAGAGGGUUUAGGUGACUUGGAUGACGAACUUGGUCUCAGUGCACGUGGAUGUAGUAUGUGUGAUAGGAAAAGGAAGAAAGAAGUUCAAAUCUUUAGCCAACAUUUGAGUCGUAUGUGUGACAUACUAGAAAGUAGGAGUACAAUGUCAUCUAAGCGUUCUGAUAAACUUGGAUGUAGUAUUGAAGAGGUUAUGGAUGUUGUCCGGGGGAUUGCUGAGAUAGAAAAUGACACUGAUAUGCUUAUGAUUGCGAGUGAGGUACUUCUUACAAGAUCGCAUAGAGAGAUGUUUGUGGCCCUUAAGGAGCCAAAGUUUCAGAUUGAAUUCCUCAAGCGAAUGAGAAAUUAAAAAAUCAACGAUUGAACCGCUGUGAAGUUGUUUUGUUAGGGAUCAUUUUUAGGUUAUUUUUUAAAUGUUGUUUUGUUAUUAACUAUUUUGAAAAGUUGUAAGGAUUUAUCUUAAUGUUAUUUUUUUUCUUAUGCACUAAAUAAUUUGAAGGGUUGUGACGCUGCUUCAGACAAAUUAUGCCUUCUUAUUUUAAUGAUGUUUAUUUCUGAGUA